AUGGCGUCGACCGCAUUAAGUGGUGGAUUGGAGCAAGGUGGCUACAGAAGCUGGGAAAAUUUGAAGAAAGCUCAAGGAUUAGACCGAGCGAGUACGGUACACAAUUUAAAAUCAUAUGGUGAAGAGCAACGACGUUUGUACCAAGAACUGCCAUUUCGUGCGCUUCCAGGCAUGCGUCGUCGAUCUUUCCGUAGUGAACGAGAAUUUCCUCAGCUCCGUCCUCGUAGUUCAUGGGCUAAUCUUUCUCGUCUUGUGAAAAAGCAUGGCGAAAUUAAACCUUUAUUGAACGAAGAAGAUGACGAACCUGAGCCGGGGUACACGUACCCAUUACUAGUCUCAUGUACCGUGGCAGUCAUCAAUGCUUUUCAAUAUGGCUACAAUACGGCAAUCACGGGAGCUUUGAAUCCUAAUGUAGUCUUUCCAGGUCAUUCGGACAUGCUUUGGGCUCUUUGUGUAUCCAGUUUUGCAGUGGGUGGACCAUUUGGGUCCAUUCUCGGUGGACAAUUAAGUGGUGCCAUUGGUCGGAAGAAGACCAUGUAUGCCAAUUCCUGUCUCUUUUUGCUCUCUGGACUUGUUAUGGCAUUUGCAUUUGACAUGUACAUGCUCAUUAUCGGCCGCUUCCUUGUGGGAAUUGCAUCUGGAACAGCUACCGUCAUUGUACCGCUAUAUCUUGGCGAACUAGCACCUCCAAGUUUGCGUGGAGCUCUCGGAACAACGUACCAAGUUGCUAUGGUGCUAGGUAUUCUAGCAACAAUUAUUCUUGCUUUUGGCUUUGCAGGCGAGAGUGAGGGCAUUACACGGCCAGGAUGGCGUUUAAUGUUCGGAUUUGCCGGAAUACUUGGCGCCUUACAACUUGUGCUUUCUCCAUUAUUGGUGGAGAGUCCACGGUGGUUGUUGAACAAUGGCAAUCCAAUAGAAGCAGAGAAGACGUUGCGGAAGUUGCGGCAGACGGACGAUGUAAGUGAUGAAAUUGAUAACAUUUCGGCUGCAAAUAGCAGCGAGACGGGGGAUAUCCAAGGGGUCGGAGACGUAUUACGUGACAAGAACAUUCGCUUGCCGCUACUAGUUGCUGUGGUGUUGCAAUUGGGACAGCAAUUGAGCGGGAUCAACGCGGUCAUGUUCUACGCUAGCUCGUUCUUCGAAAGUGCUGGACUGGAAAACUCGCUUGUUGGCAUUACGUUGGUCUACAUUGUGAAUGUACUGGCAACAAUUGUUGCUCUCAUGCUUAUGGACUCUGCUGGUCGUCGCGCACUGCUGCUAUGGUCAAUUGUCGGCAUGCUCGUGUCAAGUGCAAUUAUGACGGUGGGACUUCUAGAUCUGUUGCCGUAUUCGAGCAUUCUAAGUGUAGGCGGUGUCAUGAGCUUUGUGUGGUUCUUCGAGAUCGGCCUCGGUCCGAUUCCAUGGUUAAUUGCAGCAGAGAUGUUUCCACCCAAGUCGCGUACUUCGGCCACUUCUAUCGCUACGAUGGUCAACUGGAUAGGACUCUUCGUCAUUGGCAUUGUCUUUCCUGCCAUGCAAGCUGCCCUGGGCGACUUUAUUUUCGUUCCAUUUGCUUUUCUACUCACACUCACACUGGGAUUCUCACUCAAAUUCGUGCCGGAGACGAAAGGCAAGACGUUGGACGAAAUCCAAGCAGAAAUCAACUCGCAUCACUAA